UUUAACAAAAACAAGGAAAAACUGGUGUCGUUUGGGAGUUUUUCUGAGUUAUGCACCCAAUUCAAUUCUACAGCUUAUUUACAGAAUUUUAGACGAGGAGGAGGCCUACUGAGUACUGGCGAGUGAGAUGCCGAAAAGAACGACGCACACGUACUCGAGCGAGGACGCAGCUCCAGAUGGACCAGACUCCGAUCUCUUCGUCUAUUAUUGCAAACAUUGCAGCUCUCAUGUCCUCAUUACAGAUACGCAAUUGCAGAAAAUGCCGAAAAGGAAGACGGACAAAGCCUAUGUGCUCGACAAGAGUAAGCAUCUUGCUAGGUUGAACGUCGGUGAGGCUGGAAAGGUUCUUUUGAAACGGGGUGAAGGCAAACUCGAGAAGCAAUUUCGUAUGAACUGUAUCGGAUGUGGGCUUUUUGUUUGCUAUCGUGCCGAAGAAGAUCUUGAGUUUGCUUCUUUUUUGUAUAUUAUUGAUGGCGCACUCAGCACUAUUGCUGCUGAAACUAAUCCUCAGGAUGCUCCUGUUCCGCCAUGUAUAUCACAGUUAGAAGGAGGACUUGUUCAGGUAGCUAUUGAAGUGGAAGACCGUGCACAACGCUCAGCGAUAACAAGAGUAAAUGCUGAUGAUGUUCGUGUUACUGUGGCUGCACCUGCUGCUCGUGGGGAAGCUAACAAUGAGCUUUUGGAAUUCAUGGGAAAAGUGUUGGGCUUGAGAUUGAGCCAAAUGACUCUUCAAAGGGGAUGGAACAAUAAAUCAAAGCUCCUCGUUGUGGAGGAUUUAUCGGCUAGACAGGUAUAUGAGAAACUUCUGGAAGCUGUUCAACCUUGAAGCUAUGAAUGCAUAAUCUGAAAUGAGUUAUAUCACUGUUUGAAUUGUCAGCUGCAAGAAUUAUGUGUGAUCAGCAGAUAAUUGAAAUGUAAAUCUGGAGUUUAAGCUGGCUGUUGAGCAUCAAAACGAAUAUGCAAGUGUGUUUUCAUCUUGUAUUCUGGUCUGAUUUUGACAGAAAUUUUCCUGUAAUCGGGCAAGACAAAUAAAUUUGGCAAAUGUAAAACAUGGAAUUUCUCUUUUGCAUUGAUCA